AAUCUCUUCCCGAUGCACACACACAUUUUCUUCAACACCCCCAAACCAUCACUCAGAUUUAUUUAUACUCACUCACUCAACUUCAAAUUAGGGUUUCUCUCAUCCUCAAUCACAUAAAUCCCCACUUUAUCUCUUCAUCUCUACACAAUUUCAUCCAAUCCAGUUUGGAUUUUGCGGACUUCUGUUAUUGCUCUUGUGUGUUUUGAUGGAUGAUGCUCGUGAAUAUAGUCCAAAUCAAGGCUAUGGGUCGUCGUCGCAGCUCCCGAAAGCGUAUGCUAGUGAUGUGAAUUACAAUCAGUCUCAAGCCGUUGUCAAGUACACUGACGAAGAAGAUGAUGAAGAAGAAGAAGAACAAGAAGAAACAAACGUUGGUGAUAAUGGGAUGAAUGAAACCGCUCUGCAGAAUCUGGACGACGAAGAUGAUGACGAGGAUGAUAAUGAUAAUCGAUAUGACGAUGACAGGGAUGAUGACAACGGUGAAGAUCAAACUGGGAGAAAGAAAAACGAAAUUGUUAACAUGCAACGGCAUCCCAAAAAGAGGAAGUUGAAGAGCUUGUUAUCAAGUUACGAACUCGCACCUCGGGUCCCACCACCUACUUCUACACCGAAACCAUUGUUUGGUGGGAGAAACACACUUACAGAUUGGACCGAACAUGAGACAUUCGUGUUGUUAGAAGCUUGGGGAGAUCGGUAUAUAAAAUGCGGAAAAAAAAGUCUCCGAUCUGAAGAAUGGCAAGAAGUUGCGGACCGAGUGUCUCGGGAAUCAAAGAUGGUAAGAACCGAUUCUCAGUGUCGGAACCGUUUGGAUACGUUGAAGAAAAAGUACAAGAAGGAGAAAGCAAAUUUAAAAAGCGGCAAGAUUGUAAAUAGUAAAUGGGUGUAUUUCAAGAAAAUGGAUAUGUUAUUGUCACCAGUGGGAAAUGACCGAAAUGCUACCAUAAACCCUAGCGUUAAGCAAAAUAACUCCGUUGUUGUCCAUGAAACAAGGGGUAGUUCUGGUAAUUCAGAUUAUCAUGAACAAGAUGAUGACGAUGAUGAUUCGGAUUUGCUUCCACCGAAGAAGUCAAAACCCGAAGCUUCGUUCAAAUUGCUUGCGGAAUCGAUUAAUAAAUUUAGCGAGAUGUAUGAAAAGAUCGAGAACAACAAGAUACAGCAGAUGAUCGAGCUGGAGAAAAUGCGGAUGGAUUUCCACAGGGAUUUGGAAUUGCAGAAACGGCAGAUACUUGAUAGAGCGCAAGCCGAGAUUACAAAAGGACACGGGGAUUAUGAAGAUAAUGACGUUUCUGCUGGAAACGUUAGCGGGUGAUGUAUCUUUUGAUUAGCGUAUAUUGACCUGUUGUGUAAUAGUAGGGUGUAAGUGUAACUGUCUUGAGAUUCUCUGUGCAAUAAACAGGUGUAUUUUAAACAUUUAAAGUACUAGUUGGUAUAAAAGUGUAUCUUUGUCAUCUA